GAAUGAAUGACAAAUGCCAAUUCGGUCGCGCUGAUUCAAAUCGAAUACUUGUUUGCUACUUGGACGUCGUUCUUUCAAUAUCUCGAUCUCGUUUGCAGGGAGAUCCAAUCAAUCUGGCGAUUCACAAUGAGCUUCACGCAUACUGGGAUCACGGAGCAGGUGCUUGCUUACCGAGCACCAGACCCUCCUGUCAAGGAGUUUGAACCUCCAAAAGAUCGUGCUUUCUUUGCGGACCCUGAGAAGAAGACCCUGUUGGCCGCGGCGAAGCAAGUUCGACAUCUGACGCCGUACAUUGGUACCGAACUGGUUGGCAUUCAACUCAGUCAGCUCAGCGAUGCUCAGAAAGAUGAGCUGGCCUUGUUGGUCGCAGAGAGAGGUGUUGUAUUCUUCAGGGAACAGGGCCUCACGCUUGACCAACAGCACGAUUUUAUCACGCAUUACGGGAUACAAGACCGUGAUCCAAAUCAGCAGGAUCCACGACAUGUCACGAUCAUUGGGCGAGACAACGACAUCCGGGCGUACGGCGACAUGAGCGGAGAAUAUCAUUCCGACCAUUCUCAUGAAGCCAACCCGCCGGCAUACACAAUGCUACGAAUGGUUCGGACUCCGGAGUUCGGUGGUGACACCAUUUUCACAAGUCAGACCGCACUGUUUGACAAGCUGAGCCCAACUUUCCAGAAGUUGUUCGAGGGUCUCCAUGGAGUUCACAGCUCGGAGCAUACAUUUGUGAAUUCGAUCAAUGGUGGUUACAAUCCGUUCCGCCCUCCACAGCGACGUGAACAUCCUUUGGUCCGCACACAUCCCGUGACCAAGUUGAAGUCUCUCUUCUACAAUCCAAUGUUCCUCAUCCACAUAGCAGAGCUGAAGGGUCAAGAGAGCAUUCACGCACUCAGCUUUUUGAGAGAGCACCUCCAUGCAGCAGACGAUCUUACUGUCAGGUGGAAAUGGGAGCCGGGCAGCGUCGCAUUCUGGGACAACCGAGUCGUAGCUCACAGAGCCUUACCAGGAGGCUACGACACCUCUCUUCGGGAGGGCAAGCGGACAGCGAUCUUCGGAGAGAAGCCAUUCUUCGACCCUUCAGGGGAGACGCUGACUCAACGGAUUGAAAGGCUUCGUGGCGAUGCAACCAAGGCUGAAACGGUGAAGCUUCAUUUCAACACUGCUUCCGGGGAGACCAAUGAUUGAAAGCCAGCAUCCAUUUCAAUGAGAGACGACUAACUAAGUUAGCUACAUCAGGUCGCUAGCCAGGCGGACUGGCCAGCACGGUUGGGUCAGAUAGUACAAUUCAACACUGAUGCUUGCGGAAUGAUUCCUCAGCUUUGGC